CGUAUGCUGGUUAGCAUAACCUUGGCUUAAAAUAUACAAGUGCCGAGAACAACACAGACCUCACAACGUUGAACAGGUUUGCACGAUUUACUUAUCAAGAUGGCGAAAUCUAAUCCUGUACGUAUACAGCGAUGCCCGGAGAGCCCAUUUUAGUUUGAAUCUGUUGAAUUUAGAUUCUGCACUAUGUAUAAAAUUUAUCCAUUUAUAUGAAAGCUCACUGAGUGGAUGAAACGGCAAUGUUGGACACUCAUUAGUCUACAUAGUAUUAGAUACGCACAUUCGGAUUACACAAAAGAAGAGUGUGACAACCAAAGAAACAGGUAUGGCAAAUGCAACGACAACACUGUCGACAGUCGCGGAAGAACUUCGGGAACUGGACCUGAUAUUUAGGAGUGGAUCUGAUCUGGAUUUUGUUGAGAAGGGAUACGGACGUAAACUAAUUCAAGGCUUGAGUACUCAAAACAACAUUUUGGAGUGUGAGGCCUUGAAAAGUCUAGGAGAUCUGUACCUGCAGAAAGCUAAGAUGAACGAUAAUAAAGUAGAGAACUUCUACAAAGCAUGUUCACUCUACACAGAACUCUUACAAUACUACAAAAUUAACGAGGAGAAGCAAGUUCUUCAACGUCGAAUCAGUUAUGCAGAGAAAUGUACGAAACUGGUACAUAAUCAACUUGCUCCCAGAAAUUCAGGCAAUACGACAUUGGCUGUAUCCAUGACAUUGCAUGGCAUAACAGAGAAGACAAGGAUUAAAAGAUACGGUAUGAUGCCAUUGGUUGAAAGUUAUACAGAAUCCUUUGUAAACGCUGUCGUGGAAAGAAAUCAACGUCUGCAAACAGAAUCGUUAAAGAGUAUCGGAGAUCUGUACCUAGAAAAGGGAAGGGUUGGUAAGGACGAGGCAGUCUUCACGAAAUCAGCCGGUCUGUACCGAGCGGCGCUGGACCGCUGUGAAGAUUCAGACGGCAGAGAAACACUGAAGCAUCGCAUCAAGUACGCGGAGAAAGUACGAGAAAAAGCCAGGAAACGCCUGAAAACAGGCCCAUCACUGAAGAAAGUUGGAAGUGACAACUGCCUCACGUCUCCCCCCAUGUCGUACGAACAGCACAUACAGAAGGGCUGCAGGGCCCUGCAGGCAGGGGACCUGGACACGGCAGAACACAACUUUGCAGCUGCACUCAAGGCCGUCCAUGUGAAAGAAUCAAAUACAGGUCAGCACUGGAAAGAAGUACAGCCGCUUUGCAAAUUGACCGAUGUCUUCCUGAAGAGAGGAAUGCAGUCCAAAGACGGAGGUGAUUUCACCAAGGCUGCAGCACUCUGUAAUGCAGCAGUGGUGAGAUCCAGGGCAGAAGACAGAGAAGAUAUCGAGCAAACGAUUCAAACUAUAACCCAUUCGUUUGUGAAGCACGUCUUAGGUUUGAAAUUAACGGUACCAUACGAUGACAUAAAGAAACACAAAUCAAAGUUAUCAGAAUGCCGUGACUAUGUGGUAGAAGAGAUGAAAAGAAUUGAGAAACGGAGAGAUCCUUACUGCCUUGAUGACGAUGACCCAAGUAUUAUUGAAGUAGAGAGAAAGAGAGCAGAAGCAAUCAAAACAUUGUUUGACACAAUUGUUCAUCAAAGAAGAACAUUCAUAGCCAGCCUUGUAGGUGAGUGCAUACAGGUAAUGGGCCCCCCUCCCUGUAAGUACGCCAUGAUAGGACUUGGUUCACAUGCCACAGGACUAGUAACGCCAUACUCCGACCUAGAGUUUGCUCUUUUGAUAGAAAAGGAAACGGAGAUAAUUGUGGACUAUUUCCACAAUCUCACGCACUACCUCCAUCUGAAAGUGAUCAAUCUUGGGGAAACCAUCCUUCCGGCCAUGGCGAUCAAGUCUCUCAAUGACUUUGAGUCAGAUAACAAGCUAGAUGACUGGUUCUACGACUCUGUAACGCCGCGUGGGUUCUCUUUUGACGGUGCAAUGCCACAUGCAUGUAAAACUCCACUAGGAAGAGGCAAAGCUAACCACCUUAUCCGCACCCCCAUCGCCUCGUCACUUAGCAACUUGGGCCUCGCCUGGAGUAACCUUGGUGAUUACAGAAAAGCAGUCAGCUACUAUGAACAAUCACUGCAAAUAAAACAGAAUAUCUACGGUGAGGGAACUGAACAUCCUGACAUUGCCUACAUACUAAAUAACUUGGGUAACGCCUGGAGUGGCCUUGGUGAUUUCAGAAAGGCCAUCAGCUAUCAUGAACAGGCACUUCAUAUUAGACAGAGCGUCCAUGGCAAGACCACGCCACAUCCUAGCAUCGUCAAGUCACUUUAUAACUUGAGUGUCGCCUGGAGAAAUGUUGGUGAUCUUAGAAAGUCAGUUUUCUACCAUGAUGAGAUGACAUGGAUGGAAAAGAUGAUUGAAAGCUACAGAUACUGA